AUGACUGUUGGAGAAUAUGUGGCAAAAUUUGAGGAAUUAUCUAGAUAUUCUAAUUAUACACAAAAUCAACCUAAUGAGGAAUGGCUGACAACUAAAUUUGAAUCUGGACUAAAACCUGAACUAAAAAGUAUGAUAAUAGGGCACCAAAUCAGAAAUUUUUCAUCAUUAAUAAACAGGUGCAGAGACAUUGAAGCAAGUAUGAAGGAGGCUAAGGAUGUAAGAGACAGAGCCUUAAAUCUAAGAAGAAGUGAUGACAAUAAUAGAGGGAGGUUUUCACGGGUGCAAAACUCAGGAAACAACUUUGCUAGCAAGGGAGGGAAGACGAAUGCGGGUCGGACAAAUUCCCAGAUUCAUGUAUGUCCAAAAUGCAAGAAAAAUCAUGCUGGAGAAUGUUUAGCAGGAAGAGGUGUAUGCUUUAAAUGUGGAAAGCCUGGACAUAUGUUGAGGAAUUGUCCUCAGAAUCAAGGGCAGAAUUCAGCAAACCAACCUACAACAAGAGGAAGAGUUUUCACCCUAGAUGGUCAGAAAGCAGCUCAAGCUUCAAACUUGGUUCAAGGUACGGGCUUAAUACAAGAUUCUCUUAUAACUGUACUUUUUGAUUCUAGGGCAUCUCAUUCUUUCAUAUAUUCAUCUUCUGCUCAAAAGUUAAAAUUGCCAAUUUCCAUUUUACCUUCUUAUCUUGAAAUCUUUCUUUCUAUUGGAGAAAAGAUAAUCACAUCUCAAGUUUGUAAAAAUUGUCCUCUUCAAGUCAAAGAGAAAGAAUUUAGAAUAGAUUUAGUUUGUUUGCCUAUGAUUGACAUUGAUGUAGUCCUUGGUAUGAAUUGGUUGUCUGCUAAUUGUGUAGUCAUUGAUUGUCAAAAUAAAAAUAUAAUUUUCACAAAAGAGUCAAAACUUCCCAAUGAAUCUUUAUUUUUGUCAACUUCCCAACUUAGGAAGAGUUUGUUAGAUGGAGCACAAGGAUAUGUUCUCUUUAAUCUUUCAAAAGCAAAGGUUAAACCUGAUGCCUUAAGUAGAAAAUUUCUUCAUAUGUCAUAUUUAAUGGUCAAAGAAAUGGAAUUAUUAGAAAAAUUUCGAGACAUGAGAUUAUCUGUAACUGUAUUGCCUCGAAGUUUAGGUAUUAGUGAAAUAAGGAUUGAAAAUGAGUUAGUAAAUGAAGUUAAAGAAACUCAGCAGGAGGAUCUUAGUUUAGAAAAAAUAUUGAAAAAGGAAGGAUUUACCAAAGAAGAUGAUGGUUUAGUAAAGUUUCAAGGAAGGAUUGUUAUACCUAGGAAGGAAGAAUUGAUGAAAGAAAUUUUGAAUGAAGCACAUAGUAGUAAAUUCACAGUUCACCCUGACAUACCGGAAUGGAAGUGGGAAAGUGUAGCAACUGAUUCUGUGAUGGGUUUACCAAGAACUCAGGAAGAGUUUGAUGCAAUUUGGAUAGAGAUCUUAGAUUUACUUCUAGAUUUUGGGGAUCCUUGCAGCAAGCCUUCGGGACUAAGUUAA